AAACAGUCCGUUUUAAACGUUCUCUGUGCAUAACCCACAUCCACAUAUGGGGCAUUUCACGGUUAAUACGAGGAGUGCAUGGACCAUAUGUGGGUCACUCCCAUAUACAAAGUAUCAGAUAGAGAGAUAGCCGAACGCUGGGCGCAAUCAGCGGGCGACUUGAUCUCCAAGACUUCACAUAAUCGCUUUCUGUCUUUCUAGAGUAUGAUCAAGUUAAUGCAGCCGUCGGUUCCUGUAGUGUACCAUAAGAGGAGUCCUGAAUCGAUCCAGAGGCUGGGUAUCAAUGUUGGAGUAGAAUGGAAACCAGAUUCUUCAAUGAUAUGUAUUUCAACAUGUGAAGGUCAUUUGAUUCUAUACAAUGUUGAAGGGCUGAGUGAGCAGACAGCUUAUCAGCAGUCUGACCCACCCACUGCCAGCCUUAGGAGGGAUUCUGCCGAACUAUUUGUCAAGGAAGUGAUACCGUCACUAAAAAUUAAAUUGUUUCAAGAGGUGUUAGUAUGGGAUGGGCAAAUAACACGGAUGUGUUGUAUUUCGGGCACAGAAAUCUUAGUGUGUACGACUCGUGCUCAUCUUCUGCGGUAUCGGUGGGAUGGCACACAAAACAGAGACUAUUGCCUCGAUUUAGGUCGUAUACCAUUUUCCAUCAAUCAACAAGUAUCAAAAGCUGAGCCCAUUCUAGAGGAUAACACUCACGUCAACGACAUAGAAUACUCGCCACUUGUAUGUGGAUUCGGUAUAACGCUGAACGACGGACGCGCAGCUUAUCUCACCGCUCCUAACCUCAAGUUUGACCCAAAUGCUGUACAAGGCGUAUGGGCGACUGGCAUCGACGACGCAACUUGUGUUCGAGUCAACCACAAGUUUAGAUUAAUCGCAAUCGGUAGGAAAAAUUCUCAAAUUGAUGUUUUCACGAUAGACGAAGCGACUGGAGGUCUGGAGCUGUCACACACUAUGGUGCUAAGUUCUAAAGACUUUCCUGGCGAUCCUGGACCAGUAAAGUGUUUGAGAUGGACAGCAGACGGUCGCGCAGUGGCCGUCAGUUGGGAACGGGGCGGGGUCUCUGUAUGGAGCACGUUUGGUGCUCUGUUGAUGUGCUCCCUGGCGUGGGACUACGGACUCAGCCAGGACCUGGGGCGGCACAAUCCCCUGGUGGUGGCAAGUCUGGAAUGGGCUACGGAAGGCUACCAGCUGUGGAUGGUGAAGGUGGAAGGGGAUGCUAGUUCAAAUUUGUUGCAACUCGACUUCGUGAAAAGUCCUCUUAGUGUUAAUCCUUGUAUGAGCAAUCAAAGGCAUCUCUACCUCCAAGCAGACGACAAACUAUACGUCAAUCUCGAGGAUAACUUGACUCGAAGGACCAAGAUAUCCAUUAUAGACUCUUCGUCCGACACCUACGCUUCGGAGAACGGCAACGACCAACCUAACUUGGAAUAUGAUAAUAGUACAAAAUACAGGGAAUUCGUUGACGACAACGAGUGCAGGAAACAGUGGAUAGUUUUACCUCUGCCCGCGACGUACAUAGCUACUAAUUGGCCUUUGAGGUUCAGUGCGAUAGACGAGGACGGCAUGAACGUAUGUGUGGCGGGUCGCACUGGACUGGCUCAUUAUAGCUGCGCGUCGCGUCGAUGGAAACUGUUUGGGAACGAGGCUCAAGAGAAGGAUUUCGUAGUUACUGGAGGAAUGCUUUGGUGGACUGAUUACAUUGUUAUAGGAUGCUACAGUAUACUGGAUGGUCACGACGAGAUUCGUUUCUAUCCGCGCGACGCUAAACUGGACAACAAAUGCGCCACCAUUGUCCGAGUGCAAUCACCUGUAUUCGUGCUGGAUAUAUUGGACGAUCAGCUGGUAGUGUUUGGGGGAGACGCCCUCGUCACUAUAUACGAGCUCACGACGAUGGAUAGCGGUGGCGUAGAGAUGCGUUGCGUACAAGCGGUAGACGUGUCCGCGUUGUCGCACACGGCGUGUGUAGUGAGUGUGUCGCUGUGCCGACUGCAGGCGCCGCCCCGCCUGCGCGCCUCCUACCCCGCCCCGCGUGCGCCUGAUUCACUGGUGAUAAAUGCAAGCGGUAAACUGAUGAUGGUUCAAAGGGAAGAGUAUGAUGUCGACGAAGAUAAUAAUCCGGCGUAUAGCUGUCUACCAGCUACCGUUCUUGCCUCGUGUGUGGAAAGCGUGUGGUCGCGCGGUGGUACGUCGCCAUCGCAAACGCAGCUGUCCCGCGCCCUGUGGCUCUGGUGUGGAGCCUUAGGGGCACGGGUGUGGUUGCCUCUGUUGCCACGUGAUACUACGCGACAUCCAGACACAUCGCGGCACACUUUCAUGGCCAAGCGGAUCAUGUUGCCGUUCCACCUGGAUAUUUAUCCGCUGACCAUCUUAUUCGACGAUGCGAUCCUUCUGGGUGCCGAAAACGACACAACCCUGUAUGCUUCCGACUCUAAUUCAGUAUUCUCGCUGCCGUUUUGCGUCGUCAAUAGAACGAGUCAAGUAUACCUCCACCAAAUCUUGCGGCAACUGCUGCGACGUAAUCUGGGGUACCACGCGUGGGAAAUUGCGCGAUCGUGCGCCCAAUUACCCUAUUUUCCGCAUUCACUGGAGUUGCUACUCCACGAGGUGUUGGAAGAAGAAGCAACGAGUAAAGAGCCCAUACCUGAUGCCCAACUGCCCAGCGUUAUUGAGUUCGUGCACGAGUUCCCCGUGUACCUACAGACUGUAGUUCAAUGUGCAAGAAAAACAGAAAUAGCUCUGUGGGCGUACCUGUUCUCCGCGGCUGGCAAACCCAAGGAAUUGUUCCAAGAAUGUUUGCAAAAGAAGAUGCUUGACACUGCCGCUUCAUACCUCAUUAUACUACAGAACCUGGAAAGCUCAGCUGUAAGCCGGCAACUGGCCACUCAACUGUUGGACACAGCGCUGCAGCAGGAGCGCUGGGACCUUGCCCGAGACCUUGUUCGGUUCCUCAGAGCCAUAGACCCGAACGACGUGGAUUCACCGAGGAACUCGGUCAAUGUGCAGGCGAAGUACGGCCAAAUAGCUCACUCCCAGGCCGUCAGUCCCAACGCCGAAGACCUCUCCGUCAUACUAGGAAAUAUGCAGCUAUCGGGCGGUCGCGGUCGCAGCUUCAGCACUACAGUAUCGCCCCGUGAACCAUCACCGCCCACGCACGCGACCCACGCGACGCACGCUACACACGCGACCCACGCGGCACACGCAGCCCCCGCGCCGCCUGCCCCUCCAGCGAGGGCUACUGCCGCUGUCAAGAGGAAGAAGUCCGUCCCCGCGCGAUCUGAGAGAGAAAGCUACAGCGGCACAGCCGAAGAGUUCUUCAUAGACAUGAUGAUUCAGAGGCAUGCUCGCGUUCUUCUAUCGUCCGCCCGUUUGCACGCACUCGGCAAGAUGGCGGCCGCUUUAGACCUCCACUUAGUCGCGUGGUUAGCGGGAGAGAGGGAGAGGGCUGCGAGAGUCGAUAAUGCAGUGCUUUGUAUCAAACGACUGCACGAAGACUUCGCGUGGCCAUACCCCGCUGUCACCGAUACUGAGCAGUACUCGCAGCGGAAAGGAAGCACUGUGACGAGUUCAUACAGCACGUCUGCCGAGUCGGACAGUGUGUGCGGUGACAGUGGAUACGUGAGUUUACCCCUACGGACCGCACCGCCAUUGUCACCUGAACCUGCUAGAUCGGUGGGGUCGUGCAGCGUGGCCGAGGGCGGGGUUGUUGCUUGGGCGGUGGAGGGCGGCGAGGAGAGGCGAUACGCCGCGCUCAUGGAGAGGCUGCAUCUGCACCAGGCCGCGAGGGGAUCGCACUCCUCACACGUGCAGCUACGUUAUUUUCUCCAACUGAUGACGGAGGCGAGUUGCGUAGAAUGGGCGGCGCUGAUAGCGGUGGUGUUACGAGACGCGCUCGCGGUCCUACGUUGCUGUAACGCUGCGCGCGCGCACGACGUCGCCUUACCGGCAGUACGGCGACUGCGGGCAGCGUUACAACAACUGUGCGCCUGGACCGACGCCGAGUGUCUUGGCUACAAACCGUUCAUGCUGGUGAUCAGCAAUCAGAUACCGUUCCUCACUUCCAUAAUCAACACUCGAGAGCGGCGGAUGUCCAUGGUCAAAUCUAGGGUAAGAACUUCUAGUACAGGUUCUUUGAACCAGGACAAGUCACCGGUGCAGGAAACGAAGCUACCGCCACCGCAGAAAGCUCAGGAGGUGACUAAACAAACCAUGAGGAAGGAAUCUCCCGCCAUUCAGGAGCCUAUUGUUCCCGCAACAGUGGCGCCACAGCGGCCGCCGCCGUCGCCGCGCGAUGACGUGUCAUCCGGCUGUGCCAUAAUGUAA